AUGGAAGCAUUUUUAACAACAUUACCACCGUACGUCCAUGAAUUUCUGGACAGAUAUCCCCCCACAGAUGUCUUCAACUUGCUGAGAGAGCUGAUUUGCUUUGCUGUGCUGUAUUCUGAAGAUCGUGAUAAACUAAAUCAGUCGACAAGCGACUUUUUAAAGAAAAGACAGCAAUCAGAAAAUAAGGACCAACAUGAGUUUGAAAACGACGACAUUACUCAGAAGGAGGAGGAAGAGGAGGAGGAUGUCACUGUACCUGUAGAAAAGCGCAUUGAUCCCAUAGCAGAAGAGUCCGAGCAUGAAAUACAAGCACUCAAAGCCAAACCUCUCUACAACAUUCGAACAGGAGAAACCAUACAAACUGACAAGUCCAACAUGCCGAAUACAUUUCCAGAGUGGUGGGGACAUCGUGAAUCAGAGCCACAUAAAGUAGAGCGCAAAGAAACGACCAUUCAGCACGGUGAACAUGAAGACAAGACAUUGCCUCAGAGCUUUGGCACUUCGUGGAUAUCAUGGGAGAAUCAGCAACCUACUUCCACGCCAACAACGACACAUCAUCGUAUGGAAAGAGCAAGAAGCCAGAUUAUACCAGACCUACGAUCCUAUCUCGUUGAAGAUUCCAAACUAACCCCAUCUCGCACUGCACCUUCCUCCAACUCAUCCUCGGCGGCAGCGAGCAGCAAGAAGAAAUGCUCAUUAAAUACCACCCAUACGAAAGCGAUAGCCGCAGGGUCACCUCCCAAUGUAUCCAACUCCAAGGCAGUGGUGGCUAAACCAAAGCGCCGUACAUCAUCACCACCUGUCUGUGAUUCUCCUGUAGCAACGGUCGCUCCAGCCCCACCGUCGUCCAAAUUCGUUCAAACAGCUGCGAAACAACAACAAUUACGUCAAAAUAAAACCGCAUCACCUUCAUCUUCAGGCACAUCGACCGCGCCACCCACUCGAUCCGCAUCUGUCAUUUUGAAACAGCCCAGACAAAAUGCAGCGAUGCGAGCCAGAGCUGAACAUGCUCGCCAGCAACAGGAGGAACUGGAGAGGAAAAAGAACGCACCUGCUAUUGGAUCAUCGACCAGUUUGAGGCUGAAGCAAAGAGUGAAUUCAGGCAUAGAUUGGGAGUCUAUUAAACGAGAUCGAAGAAAGACGGUAGCGGAAGCCCCCUCUUCUUCUGCUUCUAGUAAAGAAUGA